AUGUUCUGCUCGCUGCGGCCACCGUGCUGGCGGCACCCAUGGCGCGCUACAUGGCCUCGUAUGACUGCGACGGCCACGCCUAGACCCAGGGUGAAGGGUGUGAAGCCUUCAAGCGUUCAGGCCGGGUCGCCCUACUCCAAGGAGCUCCGCCUGCUGGCGCACGUCUUCGAUACCGCGCCCAGCGGCGACCCGGCCGCGGUGUGCGAUGCCAUCGAGCGCUUCGGGGAGGACGUGCUGAACCCGGCGGGGCAGUGGCUCAAGGUGGCGGGGCGACACAAGACCACAGUCCUGCAGAAAGCUAUGGAAGGCUGUCCCAAAGGUGGCAGCAUCCUGGAAAUCGGCACCUACUGCGGUUACUCCGCCCUGCGCAUGGCCAUGGCUGCGCCCAACUGUCGGGUGGUGUCACUUGAGGUGGACCCUGCCCACAUGGUCAUUGCACGGAACAUGGUGGCCUAUGCUGGCAUGGCGCACAUGAUCGACAUUUGGACCGGCCAUAGCAAAGACGUGCUCCCGCGGUUGCCCAAGAAAUACGGCGGUCGGCAGACGUUUAAGAUCUGCGGGGUCUUCAUGGACCAGAAAGGCUCCCGCUACCACGAGGACCUUUCGGUCAUGGAGCAGCUGGGUGUGCUGCUGCCCGGCGCAGUGGUGGUGGCCGACAACGUGCUGAAACCGGGCUCGCCGCUGUUUCUGUGGCGGCUCUGCAAGGGCGAGGCCUACGAAAAUCAUAUCGUUCGGGUGCGCGAGUUCGCCAUGCCAUCGGAAGACUGGAUGUCGGUGAGCGUCUUAAGACCCGAGGCGGCCGAGCAGUUUCAGUCGGAGGCAGUGGACGUGCCGGUGCUGGAGCGUGGCAAGGGCCACGCGCCGCAAGGCGCCUGGCCGGCGCCGCCCGAAGAGCUGCUGCAGCUGCAGUGGGAAUCGGAUCGCAUUCGACAGCAAGCCACGCGGCCAGGCAGUGGCAGCGUGAGCUUCACGGAGUGGGCCACCUAUGCCGAGGAGAUGAAGGCCAAAAUGGCGCGCCACGGCAUUGUGGAAACUGCGGAUGCAGAGGAACUGGAGAAGGGGAAAGAGCUCUUUGGCGCUGGCGCAGCGCUGAAAAAAAAAGAUGUGACGGCCUUCUCCGUGAGGGUUGGCGACGACGAGAAGUCGCCCAUCUCUUUGCGCCACAGCCGGGCUCGCCACUUUGAGGAAGAGAUCACCGUGCCCUUCCCAUGCAGCCAGCCUGGCUGUCGCGAAUUUCAUGACGAUUGCAGUGGCUAUUGCCUCGUGCACCGCCACUUUCGGAUUCCCUGGAGCAUCGGUGCAUCCAUUUGGGUCUUCUUGCAACAGCUAUGGCUGGCCUUCAUGUUCAUGAUCUUGGCCGUCUUGGAGCUGGAAUCCAAGGCCCUCUCCACGGUGAUCCUGCUAUCUCUGAGUCCCAUCCUGUGCCAAUCUCUGGCCACGCAGAUCGGCGGCUCUGCCGUGGUCUGGAUGUGCGUCCUGGUUCCCGUGCUCUGGAUCGGCGUGGGGGGCACCUCUGCGCGCUUCAACAGCAUGUACCGCAUCUCAACGCAACAUGAAUUGACUUUGGAGGCCUUGUGCUCCCAAAUGUUGCAAAUCACCUGCCUCGUAGCUGACGGUGCUGCACCCAGCACUGGCCCUGCUUCGGCAGCGGUUGCAGCGCAACAGGCCUUGAACAUCUCCACUGUCUUUGGAUGUGAAGAUCCUGGCAGUUUCGAUGAGUUGCAACAGGAAGAGGCGGCCAAAGAUUUGCGCUGCAACUACCUCCUGGCACGGCGGCGUGUGAGGGCCUUCCAGCGUGAAGUCUGUGAACCCAUCAAUGCGGCCCUGGGACGGGAUUCGUCGUUCUCUGCCGUGCGACCGGAGCUGAAGACCCUCUUCAGCGCCAAAGAUGCUCUGGCGCAGCACAACAACUCCAGGACGGAUGGGAUGGUGAGCUCAGCAGCCACAGCAGCCAGCUGGCUGAGCUACACCUGGGGACCCAUGGUGGAAGCAAAGAUUUCGUCCUUUUAUGAAGUUCAUUAA